GGAUGGUGGAUGGUGCGUUGAUUUAAAAUGGACAAAACUGCGUCUGUCCCGAAAGAUUUAAUAUUUUAUACUUAAAAUUAAAAAAAAAAACACAACAAAUUAUUUUUUAAAAUCAGCUUUUUCCUUAGAUUUUUUGCUUAGAAAAAAGUGACGUCAAGUGUUUGCUCCGCUUGGGUGUUUGCGGGCGCGUUUCUCGACCAAACAUCGCCGUGAGAGAGCAGCAAUGGGAAAAUGCUCCUGGUAAUCGAAUUGACUGCCAGUGUGAAGAGUUCGUUAACGUUCCAAUAAUCGCGACCGGAAAAUAAAGAGAUAUAUACCAUAUAAAUAUAUUUAAUUACAAUCGCGGUUGGGCCAAAAGAAAGGAGCCCGGCCCCGUUAUCGGUGACAAAUAACGUUGGAUUGCAAUGUUUUUGUUUUACAAUCGACGCCUCUUUGUGAUUCAACUGAUUGAGAUCCUUCUGCUGCUGCUAACCGACCACAAUGGACUGACACUGACCAAGGAGCCGACAACAGUUGCCGCCGUCAGCCAACCGAAGAACUCAACCGCACUUAAGCCGUAUCUGCAGAUCCAAAAGCACGCCGUCACCAAGCUGACCAUCAGCAAACCGCACACAUCCUACUAUCUGCCAUGCAUCCCCAUCCUCAAUCCCUACAACUACGAGCAGGACAACCAGCCCAUCUACUGCAGUUGGUAUCGGAAUGACCUGGCCGUCGAGCAACUGUCCCUCCGCAAAAAUGACUUCUUUAUUUACGAGAAUGGAACGCUACGACUGCCCACCAAUGAGAAGGCCAGCGGGGUUUACCACUGCAAGAUCGAGUGGGAUGAGUCGGCGGUAAUAUCGGAUCGGAUUACUGUUGAGUAUCCAGUCCUCAAGCGCCUUUUUCCAGGCCAGCAACAAACGGCCAACAUCAGUGCCGUGGAGAACAAGCCUCUUGUGCUGAACUGUCCCUUCCUCAGUAUUCCCCCAGCCAAGAUUAGCUGGUACUACGGCAACGAUUCCCUGGCCAAUGACAACAGUGCUCUUAUCUUGUCAAAUGGCACUUUGGUUUUACGGCAUCUGCGCCUGGAACAGGCUGGGAAAUACAAAUGCUUGGCCCAGAACGUGUUCGCCAGCAAGAUACACCGCCAGUUCGUCUGGCAGCUACGCGUGGAGCCCAGUGGCGAGACCUUCUACACGGACAACCAGGCGGGUGUUUCGGAAACCACAGUUUCGGAGACCCAGCUGCUGCCCGCCUUCCAGAAUGCCACCGUAUACGUACCAUCAGGAGGAUCCGUGCUGCUGCAGUGUCACGCAGUGGCAGACUUUGUGCCCAUCGAAUGGUACCUCCUGUUUCCAAACAACACCGUCGUCCUGCUGAGCAACAACAGCGUGGCGUUGUCCAUCACCAAUGCCAGCGUAUCGCAGCACGAGGGCCAUUACAAGUGCAGGACGCCGCUGGAAACGCAGACCUUCCACGUCAUCGUGACGAGUCCGCCGCGAAUUGUGAACGGCCUGCCCGUCGAGCUGGUGUACAUCAGUCUCUCGAAGACGCUGAGCUGUCGGGCGGAGGGUAACCCGGAGCCCACUAUUAGCUGGUACCACAAUGGAGCCCCACUAAAUAGCUCCUACACCCGGUACAUCAACGGGAAUGAGCUGCAGAUUCACUCGUUCGAUCCUGAGGAGGAGGGUAUCUACCAGUGCGUGGCCAGGAAUGUGGCUGGCGAGGAUUCGGCCACUGGCGAGCUGCGUUUCAAGCACCAAAUGGAGCAUGUCAACAUGCUGCAAAAUAUCCGCUGCUAUCCGCACAGCUUCCAUACCAUCAACAUCACCUUUGACAGCCGCAUGCUGGAGUCCAUGUUCGUGGUUUAUAUCGUCAGAAGUAAUCCGCAUAGCUGGACUUCGUUUGCGCCCAUGAAGCUCAACCAGACCUCUUAUGUGGUGAUAUCCACCAACCUGCCGGUGUACCAGCCCUUCGCUUUGAUCACCCGCUUCCUGUACCCCAUCACGGAGGUGAGGAGUGGCACCUUGGUGCCGCAGCAGAUGAUUCUCAGCUCCAAUCGCAGUCCGCCGGUUACCUGCUGCACCCAGGGAUUGAUGCUUCGACCCAUUGCCGUGGGCAAUGAUACCUUUGUGAAGUGGUCGCAGGGCCAGUUGGAGAACAAGAAAUACUUCAUCCUGCAGUUCUCUAUUAACCACACGAAUCCCCAUCCCGAGCAGCUGCUGAAUGGAUCCUUGUAUGGCACUCUGUCUCCUGUGGAGGAGAAGGCUGACGAGGUGCGUCGCCAUCUGACGAUAAUUCAGCCUUUAAAUCACUCGGCUGCGGCAACGGUGCUGCGGAAUGCCGAGCACGAGCAGGACACCGAAAACGAUGAGAUGACCCUUGAACUGGAGGACGAUAUCUUCAGCUUGGUGGUGGAUGCCAGUGUGACAGGAAUGCUGCUCCAGCGAUUUACGCGGAUCAAGAUGCGAGUGCUGAUCAUCACCAGCGAGAACGAGUUUUUGGGCCAGGACUUUCGCUACGUCCAGUGGAAGAUUAUCGAGAAUGGGACCUCGGAACAAGCGAAUAUGCCCUUUCGCCUGGUCACCAUUGAGUCCCGGGCGCUGGCAUUCAAGUUUCUGGACAGCCUAAACGAGACCUGCGUGGUGGAGUGCCACAUGGUGAUUCCAAUCCCCUUUCCCAGUCAGGAGCCAAAGUGCCAGGAACGCAACAUUUCCAACUCGAUGCUGCUAGUCACCGACCUCAAGGCGGAUCAUCGAUAUAAUUUACACUUUUACAACUGCAGGACGCGCAUCUUUUACGGGGAGAUUGAUGUCAAGACGGAGCAGGAUCCUCCUGGAACUAUUAGCAACUCGAAGCUAAUCAAGCAGAAUGGCCUUAAGCUUAUGUGGGAGCCACCGACAAAUCCUAAUGGCAGAGUACAUCACUAUGACAUUAGGUGGACCCUGGACAAUGUCACGCAUGAGGCUAUAGUUAAGGAGUGCAAAUUCUGCUCCUACAAGUUUCCCAACGUUUCGGAGACGGCCAAAAUCCAUGUGGCUGUUCGCGUCAUGGGCGAUACGGGAGCCGGUGCUCCAAUGUACUUUGACAUGGCAAAUAACAACCACAGCCUGCUCGAAAUGGACACCGAGUCAUCGCGCUCGGAGGUGUACAGUGGCAUUGCCAUCGGCUCGCUGCUCUCCAUUGCCUGUGUCCUGCUCUUCGGGCUUUUCAUCAUAUUCCAGCAGCGACGCUUCAAGGCCCGCGCCCCAGGGCCCACCCACCUGACCACGCCCACGGACAUCACUUUCGGUAAUCUGAGCAGCGCUUCGGGAAUGCCCGGCGACAGUGCCGGCGGCCUGAGUGGCGGCACCUUGCAGCAGGAUUGCCACGAGAUGCAGACACUUAUUCCGCGGUCGCGCUACCACAUUGAGUUGCUGCCGGAGCACACGGGCCUGGAGUACCAGACCAGUUCGGCCGCUGCUGCUGCUGCUGCGGUUGUCCAUCUGGCCAAUGGCAAUGGCAGUGUUCAGGUGGCGAGGCGCGUGGAUCUGGAGGGAGUUCAGGCAGAUUUGAGUAUAGCCGGUGUCCACAACCUGUCGCAGUUGCCGCUGUGCGGGGGUGGGACGUCUCCAGAACGGAAAACCGUGCAGGAUGCCAUGCUGCAGGAGGCCAAAGCCUUUUACAUACCCUACCGCCACACGCCGCCCAAUGCGGUGGCCCUGAGCAGCAGCUCCAAGCAGUGUCCGGCCAGUAGCUCCGAUUUGGAGGUGAUUGUGCCGCCCAAUUCUUUGCCUUUGGUUAGCACCAUGGCAGGAUUGGGCGGCGGCAGCGGCGGAGGAGGAGCUGGAGGAGCAGGCUCAACCCGACGCAGUGGAAGCCUGAGCAGCAGCAGUGCCAGCAGCAGCAGCAACGGCAGCAGCAAAAAGCAGUUCCACACGAACUUUGUGCGCCACUCGAAUUCCAACGACGGAAUUUGCCUGCUGGCCGAGGAAGAGGCGGCCGCCACCCUCACACCCACCUCGGAGCGCGAAUAUGCGGCCGUGUGUCUCACCAACGGUUUCAAGCUGCCCGCCGAUGUGGCCAAGUCGGGCAACUAUAGUACCAACAACAACAAUAGCAGCAGCAGCAGCAACACCAGCAACGGCACCCACCUCAGCCAGAAGUCAGGAGCUGCCCCAGUCGCUGGCCCAGUUACUGCCACUGCCACUGCCACCGCCAAGGAUCGCCAGCCGCGCGGCAAUGGCAAUCCGAUCUCGUUCAGCCACAAUGCAUCCAUAGUUCCUGCCAACGGACCAGCCUCCGUUAACCACACGUCAGCAGUCAAGCAGUCGUGGCCAGCGGCGACGGUGGUCCAUCGCCGGGCCCAGGUGGAUCCCAAUGGGUGAAGCAACCAGUAUUUUUACCUAGCUACUACCACAUAGAAGCAAAACAAAACGAAGGAAAGCGAAGAGAAAUGAAGCGAAGAGGGGAAAUUACAUAAGUAAAACACAUUCACAGCUCGAAACAUUCCAAAAGAAUAUAAAUAUACGGUUAGGAGAGGUAGAUGAUGAUGAUUUAGCAUUUAUAAAGAGUACAUUUUAUAAAUGUAGAUAUUUAGUAACUGAAACUAUGGAACUAUGGGAGAAAUGUUUAAUUAAGCUGAUAUUUAUACACACAGAUACACAGACACACUCACACACACACACAGGAGAGUGUCUGCAUGGAACCGAAGUAAACGCCAAGUUCUAUGCUAUACUUUUUCGCCUUUCUACAUUUCUUAUACCGUAGUAUUGUAAUUGUUUAGUUUUUGUUUGUUUUUCGUUAAUUGAGGCUAAUUUUUACACGUUUGUGUAUGCAUAAUUUAUUGUUGCUUGUCUGAUGCCGAACAGCUUAAACAUAAACAUAGACAUAGACCAUAACAUAUAAGCAUUUACACCGCGCAGCCCGCAAGUAUGCAUUACAUACAUUUGUCGCCCGAUAAUUACUGCGUUUAACAACUGCAUUGAAUUCAAUUACACUCUCACACAUACACAUAUAGUAUAGUAGGCAAUACGCAAACAGAACAGCCAAAAAAACCACACACACCGCACACUGCAAUAGCCCAACCACAGACCCACUCAAAUACCACUCGACCGCAAUAGUCACAAGUGUUCACAUAUCGAUUCCGAUUUAAAACGUAAUAUAUAUUCAAUAAUAUUUGUAAUUUUAUUUUAUUCUAUUUAUAUUCCCGUAUUUGUAAUUGUAUUUGUAUUUGCCUUUGCAGACUUUUUUAAACUAAAUGUUUAAUUUCCGCAUAUUUACUGCUGCAUUUUGUUUUGUUUAUAAAACCGAUAUAUCAAAUGUACCUGAUUAUAUUCAUUUUGCAUUCUUGUUUACGUGCUCUCGCUCUCACCACCCGAUACUCACACACCCCAGGCACACACACAAACACACCCAUAUACUAAAUAAAACUAUAAUAAGCCACACAAAAUCCGUUGCAAAACCUACCUUAUUGUAUAUUAAAUUCAGCAACAGUACCUCCUACAAAAAUCGACAAAAAAAAAAAAAAACAAAAACCUGUAGCUACGCCAAAAACAUACAACCAGAUCCUGCUGCUCCUGGUCCUGGUAUUAUUUUUGACAGGACAGGACAGCUGGGAAGCUAAAGUAGCCAACAACAAAGAGCAUAGGCAAGUAGAUGCCAGCUCUCCGGUAGGAAUUUGUGUGAAAUGUUGUUCAGUGUGAAACGAGAUGCGAUAAUUGUUACGAGAGACACACAAAACACAGCCACAUACAGACCCAAACCCAAAUAUAGUCGAAACAUUCCACAGACACAGUAUGCAUUGCACAGAUACAACACUCACACUCACUCACAAGGACACACACAGGAGGAGGUCUAUCUCGAAUGGAGACAAGUUUUACAUGUUUAAAAACCAGUACGAAAUUAUAUAUGUAUGAAUCAUAAUUCGAUGUGAACGAGAAAUGUGUUUGAAAAAUGUAACUGUAACUGUAUACGUAUUUAGAGUCUAAGUGCAAUACCAACAAAUAAUAAAAUAGCAAAAGAUAACCAUUAAGACCGAACCGACAGACAGACAAACUAUAUAAACAAUAGUACCUUCCCACUCAAGCAGAAGCAACGUUCAAAGUAGUCUCACGUCCCGAGUCCCAGUUAGUGUUGCAAACUCUCCAGCCCAACCAAGACCAUCAGUAAAUAAACAAUCUCUAAUUUGUGUUCAAGCUGAAUCAGGGCAGCUCUUCUGCCCGUGCGAUUCGCCGAGAGGAGUAGUCAUCGAUUUAUAGACGAAUAAUUUUACAAUUUACAAAGCAAUUGUGUCACAGCAAAGCCACAAAAUGAACUUUAACCUACGAAAAGCAUUUAAGCAAACGCAAAAAUAUAUUCCGAACGAACAACUCAAAAUUCCUAGUAAAGAGAAAGAACAUUUUAAACGUUACAAAAAAUUAUGAAUACAUACAACAAAAAAUUAACUAAAACACUAUUAUAUGCAGCAAAAGGCAACAAGAAAAUUUAUGUACUAAAGUUAUAUAAUUAGGCAUAAGAAAUUCAUAUAAAUGUACGUGUUUGGAAAAGAUAAAAAAAAAACAAAACAGGAGAAAGAGAAAUGGAGGCAUGGAGAAAUUAAGUAAAAUAGCUGCGAUUGUGAUCGCCGUGUAAGUGGAUGUGAUAAAUGUUUAAAUUAUUUAAGCGCAAAAACAAUAAAGAGAUAAUGAAAUUAAGAAUUAGGAAGACAUAGAAACGCGUAUUGCGACUUUUGCAACGGUUUUUGGCCAACGGAAACCACUCAAUAACUAAGAGUCCACUAAAAUUGUAAGCAAACAAUUAAUUAUGUUCUUAUCUUUGGCGAUACUGCUGCUGCUCCUAGCACUCUCUACUAAGUCUAUAUCUUUAUUAUUUGUUAAUUUUAGUUCGCAUUUAAGUCCACAUUUUGUAUACCUCAUUAGUAGAGUGGCAAAGAACUAAAUUUUGUAACCAUAUUUAGGCUUGGUUUCCUCGUUUUACAUUCACAAUGGCAUAUUUGAACAAACGAAACAACAAACAAAAAACUAAUGUAUUUUUUAUGCAAUUUAUAAGCAUUGUAUAUGCGGGCGAAAUUAAUUAUUUGAAGCAACUAAGCUGCCAAUGGUUCCUGUUAAAGAUUUCGACGCAAGUGUAAAUUGGCAAAACCAUCGGAAAGGCCAAAAGUAAUGAGCCACAAGGAGCCCUUGGCCCGGCUAAAAAGAGUCUAAGGAAAACUGUAAGAGCGCUCGGUGUUUGUUUAGAGAAUACAGAAGAAGAUAUGGCAAAGAAGAAAUGAAUGCAACCUUAACUAUUGGGAAAAUAUACUACAAAUAAGUUAUGAUGAAAAACUUACAAACACGCGUGUUUAAUUUACAAAGUUUCACUCCCAUUCCCAAACAUUUUCACCACAAUUUCAGUCACAGGCAAG